GGUAGAGUGGGAGCAUUGCACACAGCUCAGGGACGUUCUGGGGAGCAAGGGAGCCAGUGGAAGUAAGGAUAAAAGAAACAACAGGCAAAAGUUAGCUGUCUUCUGAAGCCGCUUUUAAAAACAGAAUGGAAGUCUCCCUUCUGCAUUUCUGGAGUGGGGAACGUUUGCACGGGACCCCUUGAGACUGCAGCAGUUACAGAACCAGGUCUUGGCAGAGCAGCAAGGAGGAAGCAAUUGGCCCAGUCAACAAGUGUUGUACCUCCCACAGUGCUCACCGCCCUUGACCCAGUUAGCCCCUUCCCCCAUGAGCGUGCUGAACCCCCAUAUUCCCUCAGCCAUGCAGCAAGCAUCCACCUUCAAUUACGCCCGGCCUAAGCAGUUCAUUGCUGCUCAAAGCCUUCCGUCUUCUGCCGGGUACCUGUCUCCUUCUUCUGGCUCUUCGGGGUCUAGCCUGUCCUCCCCUCUGUCUCCCCCCACCUCGCACAAGCCCUUUAACCGGGUUACCAUCCCACAGCCCUCUCUGGGUGACUCCGAGCAGCGGUACCUCACCUCCCCUUCCACGCUGAGCCCUUCCUACUCCUCCUCACCUCCUCUCCCUCCUCCUCCGCCGGUCCUUACUCCCCCCGCUUUCUUUCCUCAAGACCCUUUCCCUCUGCCACCCCCACCCCCGCCUCUCCUCUGUUCUCCCUCCCAGCCUCCCUACCCGUCACCCUCAGCUGGUAGGGCCUCCCCUCACUCCGGCCAAUCGCCUAGUGCCUUCCUCAGCUCUGUGUUGCCGUCACAGUCAAUUGCAUCACCCAUCAAUGCACUGGGUCUUCCGAAGGGAGCCAUCGCCAUAACCCCGCAGAGUCUAAAGAAAAAUAACCGGACCCCUCGCCUGGCAACAGAUGAGGAAAUUCAGGGAACAAAGGACGCGGUCAUUCAGGAUCUGGAAAGGAAGCUCCGUUUUAAGGAUGACCGUUUGAGCAAUGGCCAGAGAUUAACCUAUGAGGAAAAGAUGGCCCGCAGGCUCCUGGGAGCGGACAAUGCCGCCACUGUAUUCAAUUUUCAGGAAACGGAGGACGACCCUGUGGUCCAGGAAUACAAGGUGUCCAGCUUUGAACAAAGGUUGAUCAACGAGAUUGAGUUUCGCCUGGAGCGGUCACCAGUGGACGAAUCUGACGAUGAGGUCCAGCACGAUGAGCUGCCUGAUCAUGGCACUGCCCCACUCUUCGAGAGGAAGCUGAAACAUGUCAAGCUGUUCGAGGGGACACCAGUAACGUUUACUUGCAAAGUAGUCGGAGAUCCCCUGCCAAAGGUCUACUGGUUCAAAGACGGCAAACAAAUUUCCAAGCGCAGUGAGCAUUACCAGAUUGGUCGAGAGGCUGAUGGAAUUUGUACCCUCCAUACUGACGCUGCCACACUGGAUGAUGAUGGGAAUUAUACUAUCAUGGUGGCCAACCCACUGGGUAGGACCAGCUGCACGAGCAGGUUAAUGGUCCAAACUAUAAGCCAGAGAGGACGCUCACCCCGGUCUCCAGCCAGACAGUCACCCGGGCGAAGGCCUCGGUCCAGGUCCCGCGACAGUGGCGAGGAAGCUGAAGCCAUCCAGGAGCGUUUCUUCCGACCUCAUUUCCUACAGGCACCAGGAGACAUGGUCGUUCAGGAGGGGAAGUUGUGCCGGAUGGACUGCAAGGUCAGUGGCCUGCCCACCCCAGACCUCAUCUGGCAAUUGAAUGGGAAGCAGAUCCGAUCAGAUGGCAGCCACAAGAUGCUCGUACGUGAGAAUGGCGUUCACUCCCUGGUCAUUGAGCCAGCUACUGCUAGGGAUGCUGGGAUAUAUACAUGUGUCGCCACAAACCGAGCUGGACAGAACUCUUUCAGUCUCGAGCUAAUUAUUGCAGCUAAAGAGAUGCUCAGAGCCCCAGUGUUCAUCGAGAAGCUGCAGAACACGGGUGUGGCCGAGGGUUACCCAAUACGGUUAGAGUGUCGCGUCUCAGGUGUGCCGUAUCCGCAGAUCUUCUGGAAAAAGGACAACGAGUCCCUCACCCAGAAUACAGACAGAGUCAGCAUGCAUCAUGAUAACAAGGGUUACAUCUGCCUGCUCAUUCAGCCAACCACAAAGGAGGAUGCUGCGUGGUACACUGUAUCAGCUAAAAACGAAGCCGGUAUCAUAUCCUGUACAGCCAAGCUGGAUAUUUACUCCCCUCAGUGGCACCAGACUCCCAGCUCCAAACCAAAGAAGGUGCGGCCUUCCGCUAGCCGCUACGCAGCGCUCACCGACCAAGGGCUCGAUAUUAAGUCGGCAUUCCUGCCUGAGGCGAACCCCAUCCACCUUGGCCCUCAGUCCGACCUCGUGGAGAGCGACGACCUGUAGCUAAACUCUCAGAGGGAGAGAGAGCAAGGCGGAGGUUUCAGGGUUUCAGGCAGACGGGGGAGAAAAUGGCCUCACAUCGGAAGGGAGUACAUCCAGACCAUCAGGCCAAAAAGUCCAUACACACUGAAAGCCUAUCCAUUUAUAUAUAUACCACAUACUUUUUGUUAAUGUGCAUCAAUACAAGAACCUUAAGCAUGAGAUAAGGUGAAGAGAUUUUGAACUGCAAUCGGGGUGAAGCCAUUGGUAGACAAGCGAGAAUUGGGAUAGAAUUGGAUUUUGACACAUGCACAUAUUCUGAUAUCCAUGUUGUCACCUUGCAUGGCUGGAUUAUAAAGUAGGUAUUCUGCUACACAGUGGCUACCAUUUAUUAUAAACCGUUAUAUACACAUUGUUAAAGAAUAUAUAUCCUGGAAAAUCAGCGUCACCUAAGUGCCUGGGCUAAAACUGUAUUAUUCAGGUUGCCUCCAGACUUGAGCAUGAUGUAUUCUGUUUGUGAUGACUCUCUGUGGGAGGGGAGGGAA